ACUAUGCUGUACUCCUCCUCCACCCUCGCGACGCCAACCCACAGCAACAUGAUACCGGAGACGACGCGGUCCAAACAAGCUUGCAACUAAAUGAGGCGUUCCCAUCCGCCCAGUCUGUCUGUCUGCCUGCCUCCCUAACUGAGCUCCAAAGCGUCUAGAACAAGCGCAGUCGAAUGCCCCUGGGAAGAUCAGUUCAAGAGAUAUGCGUACCUCCCUCCACCGCUUGCAGCCGCUCGAGUGACAUUUUUCCGGGCGCGGAAAGAUAGAAAACUCACUGCGCCUGGGCAAAUUCAUCUCUUUAAGACCAAGAAAUAAAGUGGGACGCAGAAGAGGACGACGAACUCGCUAGCAGUUGGCUAACGGCGAUAGCAUUUAGCACCUACCUCGCCAAGCUAAUUGGCUAACGUGUAAUUACAUGGGAACGUCCUGUUUGCGGCGCAGACGGCGGGCGACAUAAUUUGGUGUGCAUCCGAGGAUGGUGAACGGAUGAUCUAAAGACAAAUGCGUCGUUUUAAGCGGGAUGUUUUUGUCUUCAGCCAAGUUUUUACAGCAUGACACAGACGUCUAGUGGCUAGCAUGUCAGCUUGUCGAGAUGGCUUGUUUUCGCAAAUGCGUUUUAUUUACGCCAAACAACUGAAACGCUUAGUUUUCUUGCAGGAUUCAAUCACGGUCCGACGUUAACUUUGGUGUUCACUAGACACUGACCGCACAGAAGCGACUCUAUGCGACCAUCAAAUGUAUAGCUAUACGGUAGAAAGAGUAUUUACACGAAUUGAGCUGACCCGAGGAUAGAAUAAAGAAACAUUGAUGCGGUAGCUGCAACAAGAAGAGGAACAAGGACCAGAAAGUACACCCAAGUGUGUGGAUUAGCUUCAAGUGAAACCGCAAAGUCGAGCUAUACGAUCAUACCUGUGGGCCGAACUGCAACGAUGCAGUGUCUAGCAAAUUUCGCCUUUUGCCUGACUCUUCUCCUUACUCCAGUGGCUGCGGCACAAGGCGAAGAGCGAGAAUGUGCCUUCACGGACCAGCAACAUCAGUGGGAGGUGGAGCGAGUGGCGGGGGGCGAGGGUCGUGUCUCCCCGGAGAAUACCACCAUCCGAUGUGCCAAGGGUAGCCACUGCUUUGGAUUGUGGGAGAAAAGUCCACCAGGCGAAGUACGACUCGUCAAACAAGGUUGUUGGACCCACCUCGGCGACCACCAAGGCUGUCGCGAUGAACGCUGCGUGGUGACCAACCUGCCGCCUCAGAUCCAGAACGGGACAUACCACUUCUGUUGUUGCGGCAGUGACAUGUGUAACGUCAACUUCACAGAGGAUUUCCCGCCUCCCAGUCCCACCACAGCACAGCCCAUCUACCCCCACACUCUGCGGUAUGAAGAGACAAUAAUCAUUGCCCUGGCAACAGUCUCUGUGCUGGCCGUCAUCGUGGCAGCUGCUUUCUUUGGUUACCGCUUGAUGCGUGGAGACAGGAAGCAAGGUCUUCACAAUCUGAACAUGAUGGAGGCUGCUGGAUCCGAGAGCUCUUUAGACCUGGAUAAUCUCAAACUGCUUGAGCUGAUUGGCCGGGGCCGAUAUGGCGCUGUUUAUUGUGGCUCCCUAGAUGAGCGACCUGUCGCCGUCAAGGUCUUUACUGCCACCAACCGCCAGAACUUUCUAAAUGAAUGCUCCAUCUACCGGCUGCCGCUACUGGAGCACGACAACAUCGCUUCCUUUGUGGCCGCCGAUGAGCGGACAGGACCGGAGGGGCGCACCGAGUACCUGCUGGUCAUGGAUUACUACCCACACGGCUCUCUAAGCCGCUACCUGAGCAUUCAAACAAACGACUGGGUCAACAGCUGUCGGCUCGCUCACUCCGUCACUCGAGGCUUGGCGUACCUGCACACUGAACUCUUCAAAGGAGACAUGUACAAGCCAGCAGUCUCCCACAGGGACCUGAACAGUCGGAAUAUUCUUGUUAAGGCCGAUGGCACUUGCGUAAUCAUCGACUUUGGCCUGUCCAUGAAACUGACGGGUAACAGGCUGGCACGCCACGGGGAAGAGGAAAACGCUGCUAUCAGUGAGGUGGGCACUAUCCGCUACAUGGCGCCAGAGGUACUGGAGGGUGCAGUGAAUCUGAGGGACUGUGAGUCUGCGCUGAAGCAGGUGGACAUGUACGCUCUGGGGUUGAUCUACUGGGAGACCUUCAUGAGAUGCACAGACCUUUUCCCUGGCGAAUCUGUACCAGAGUACCAGAUGGCCUUCCAGGCGGAGGCCGGGAACCACCCGACGUUCGAGGAUAUGCAGGUGUUGGUGUCGAGGGAGAAACAGCGGCCCAAAUUCCCAGAAGCCUGGAAAGAGAACAGCUUGGCGGUUCGCUCUCUAAAAGAGACGAUGGAGGACUGCUGGGACCAGGAUGCAGAGGCCCGCCUCACAGCCCAGGGUGCAGAGGAGCGGCUCGCAGAUUUGCUCCUCAUUUGGGACCGCUCCAAAUCAGUCAGCCCCACACUCAAUCCCAUGUCGACCACACUGCACAAUGAGAGAAACCGGGUGACACCCAAGUCUGGCCCGUAUGGCGACCAUGCCUCCACUUACAUCGAAGAGCACGAGGGCAUGGCCAAAAACACACAGGCUGAUAACACAAGCUCCACAGGCGGUCGAGUCGGGGGCGGACCCGGGGAAAGGAACAGGAACUCGAUCAACCAAGAACGCCAACAGCAAGCUAAUGCCCGAUUGCCCAGCCCUGAGGGUAGCAGCACCAGUGGGGCUUGCUUGGGUCUCAGAGGGAGCCCCUCAGCCUCCACCACCACCACCACUAUCAUUUCUGAGUCCGAGGGACCAACGGGGUGCACCACGGUCCCCGUCUGCCUCCACCUAACUCAGGAAGACCUGGAGACCACCAAGCUGGAUCCCAAAGAGGUCGACAAGAACCUUAAAGAGAGCUCAGAUGAGAACCUUAUGGAACACUCGCAAAAGCAGUUCUGCUCGCCAGACCCGCUGAGCCCAGGAAGUUCCAGCUUACUGUACCCUCUCAUCAAAAUGGCAAGUGAGGCCUCGGGUACGUCCGAACCCGCUGCCUCCACACCUGCCGCUGUCUUCCCUCUGCCAAAGCAGCAGAACCUGCCCAAAAGGCCGUCUAGCUUGUCCCUGCGUAACAAGCCAGCUAAGAAGGAGUCGUCGUCCUCUUCGCUCAGGUUCAAGUUUGGACGCUCGGGGAAGUCCAACCUACGGCAGGUAGAGGGAUCCAAGAUUAACAGCAGUGCAGUAACGGGCCCAAACAUGGAUCCAGAAGCUCAUCGAGGCGUGGGCAUAAACAAUGUACCCACUCUACGAGACGGGCAUGCUAACGGCAGCAUAAAUGGCCCAAUUAGCGCUCACAACAGCGGCAUUGUUUCUACCGUGGCCAUAAGUGCCGAUACGGGUUUUGGAGGCUCCAGCGUUAUUCACAACGGGAGCGGAGCUUUGCGGUCCGACGACAGUCAUCUAAGCCUCGGAGUCAUCACGGCCAGCCCCGACGAACACGAGCCGCUUCUUAGCCGUGAGCAGCCAGAUCCCAGGGACCCGUCUUCAAGCGUGGCUGCGCUGCGCUCGGCCCGACCGAACACCAACAACAACAACAGUAACACGGGCCACGGCCGGGACGACGGCAACGGCGGAGGCGAGAGCGAAGGAGGCGGAGACGAGGACACUGGUACGGAAGGAGGAAGCGGGGCUGCCACCGGGCCUCCUGGAGAAAGCGCCGGGUCCUGCUCCGGUGCCUCCGACUUCCCGGUGACGGUCACCAUGCGGGACGAAUCCCUGCUAAGGCAGCCCAGGGUUCGGAGACCAGAGAGACCCAACUCCUUGGACCUUUCCUUCACCACACAGGACCUGGCCUCAUUAUGCGACAGCCUGGGGAACCCAGACGGCACUUUGGCCACCGGCGAUAAGAUCAAGAAACGCGUCAAGACGCCAUACUCCCUGAAGAAGUGGCGGCCGACCACCUGGGUCAUCUCCACAGACCCCAGAGGGCUGGAGGUUAACAACAACGGGUCGAGCCGGAGCCAAGGCCACGGGCAUAACCGGCCCAAGUCCACUUCGGCCAUCUACCUACGGGGCGGCGACUUGAUCGACGAGCGCGGCGACACGCACGUGUGAGCAUUCCACCACUCUGCUGAAGACGGGACAAACCAUGUUAUUGAAUUGGUUUUUUUUAUUGUUUGUUUGGUUGUUUUUUUUUUUUUUUUUGGGGGGGUGAGGGUGGCUCAGCAAGAAGAAGCUACGGGGAACCCUGGCCUUAGAGUCGAGCCCCAUGUACACUACAGUUAUUACGCUCACGCUUGUGUGUGUGUCUUUCCCGAUGGCGUCAUUUGCUUUCAACGCAAUCCAAGCUAUGCAGCAUUUUCUCCCACUCGUCCGUGUACGCUCCUCACAAGCAAGCAGACAAGUGUUUCUUUUCCACGUGCACUUUGAGCCGACCAGAUCGGCGUUUGGUCCUGCCCCGCCCCGUCGUGGCCGCGACCCCGCGACGAAAUUCAAUCGUGAGCUCUUGUUUUUGUUUCAUUCAAGCACAAAGCCCUGUUGAAAAGAAGAAAUGGUCUUAAAAGACAGAACAAAGUACGUUUUUAAUUUGUCUUUUUUUUUUUUUUUAAUUUUAUUUUGGUAUGCAAGACCUGUCGCCGUGGACUAUCCGUAUUUUUGUGUCAUCACAUAAUUUAAAUUGUGCAAUAGGAUGUAGCUGUUAGAUGUUUUUCACGUUUUGUUACUCCUAUAAUUUUGUUUUGAAACCCUCAAUCAUAUUUUGAUCAUGUCAAUCUCUUUUUGCACUUAUUAUUAGUCACAAUCAUCAACCUGGCCCAGACCCCCGGAUUGACUGAAGAGGGAAAAACAAAUGACAAUCCUUCUCUUUUUCCGUAUCCGGGGCAUCUUAAUUGGGCCACGAGCAAUCAAGCUCAUUUGAGUGGUUGAGAAUAUUGGGACAUCCCCCCCCACAACGCUCUUUCCACAUAAUCGCACCAUGAAUUUGUUUGUUUGGCUGGUUUGGUUUUGUAAUGCUUUCGAUCCCAGUGUCAUCUGACUUUGUUUGACUUUUAUAUAUGUGAUUGAAUACGACAAUGCAGAGACUAGAAAAAGUCCAUUGUGUGGUUCUUGGAACUUUUGGAAAUGGAGAAGAAGAAACAACAAAAAAAAGACAGAGAGAGACAAAAUACCAAACCCUCUUCCAAAGCACGCUGAUUAUUAUUUGUGCUUCUACUGGUCACAGAAUUAAUGUUUGAAUGGGUGGUUGUAGAAUACAGUAUCUUUGUGUGUGUGUGUUUUUUUUCAAGUAAUUUUGUUUUGCUGGAGCCCAGCACUGUACAGUCAAUGUUUGUCGUACCCAUUCUGUAAGCUCAGCACCACUACAGGAUUCAGUAAAGAUCUCAUUUAAAUUUUUGUAAUCUGUAAUUUGUAUGCAAAAAAAAAAAAUAUUAUUGCCUUUAUUUACUUUUUUUUUUUUGUGGGAUUCUGUGUUGCAUUCAAUGGACAUGGCUGACCUUUGAUUCCGAUGCUUUGUUCGUUUGCUUGAUAGAAUUUCCAUAAACCUUUUCAAGACACUAUGGAAGAAAAAAAUCUCAAUAAAUGUAUGAAAACAUGGGUUUGUCUGU